AUGGCUGCUGUGAAUGGGGACGCUGAGUCGCGGGCCAUAAGCCGCGACGAGCUGCGGCCGAAGCUCAUCACAAGCUCCACCAAGCGCCGAGUCAACGAGCUCUCGGGACUGCAACACCAGGUGGCGGACGACUCGCUCGUCACAGCCGACCUCCAGGCGCUCCUCGAACUACUCUUUGAAACAUACCCGCUGUACGACGACCGCGAAUCACGACGAGCGGUCGAAGGCGUCCUUAAGUCGCUGGUCAACGGGCCACAUGGCGACAAGGUGCUGCCUCCGAUUGUCAAGUUUCUGACAAACGAAUGUUCCAAAAAGGCAAUCGCACACGCCAACGCAUUUGUGCUGAACGACUGGUGUUCGGUGUUGCUGCUGCAAUUUGCAAAAUCGCCUGAGCGGUGGGCCAAGCAUGGACUGGAUGUGGCUCUGGCGAAUGCGCGUGUGCUAGAGACGUGUGUGGGUGCUGGCGGCGACCGGCGAGCUGGCCGCAUCUCAAUAGCGGCCCUCGUUUCGACGCGCCGCGCCCUGCGCGCCAUAUUCCGCUCCGAGGCCAUUGGCAAGGACGCUCAUUCCAAACUCAUCACGACCCUCACAGCAAAGGGCAGCGCGCCCACGGCUGGAAACGCUGUCUUCCUUGGCGUCAUUGCCGGCGUCUCGUCCCGUCUCGAGACCGUUAAGCCGCUCCUCGAAGCCCACAAACAAGACUACUACACAUAUUAUACGAGGGAGAUUGUGGGAUCAAGGAGCCAGCUGCCUGAUCACAUUUCCAAUGCGCUGCACGACUUCUUUGACAGCUUCCCUACACUGGAAGAGCUGCGCAAGGAUGUCAUACCACCCAUCGAAAAGGCCUUGCUGAGAGCGCCGGAAGUGGUGCUUAACGAUAUUGUCUCACCCAUGUUCCUGGCCCUUCCGGAAACCAUGGACCUCUCUGACAUCCUGCUGGGAAACAUGCUGAAGCCGCUGCUUUCAAAUGUCAAAUCGAGCAAUGCCGCAAUCCGAGCAGGCGCCUUGCGAACUUUCAAAGCCUUGGCUUCGCGAUCAAAAGAUGAUGCCAAAAUUGACAAGGUGGCAGAUGAAGUGCUUACCCCAUUGAAACAAGGCAAAGUAUCCGGUGUCGACCAGAAAGUUCUGCAUGCUCAGAUGCUUUCAGCACUACCUGAAUCGAUAUCCUUGUCAAAGAAGAUACCAGCAGGUAUCGCUCCAGUCGCUUUGAAGGAGCCAAGCGAGCCAGCUGUCGUAGCCGAAGUGUCCGCAAUGACAACCCACUUGAACUUUGGCUUAGCUAAUGGAGUAUCCCUCGACAAAACUGUCUCGGAUGCAUUUAUCAAAGGUAUGGGUGAUAAGCGUGUGCCCGUCAAGCGCCUCUGGGCUAUUCGUGCUGCGGAUAUCUGGUGGGGUCUUUCCGACGAGCAACAAUCCCAACCAGACGUACUUGCAUUCUGCCAAACCACCCUACCAAAACUCAUUGAGAUCUGGCAGGAAGUCAACGCGAACCCCUUGCCUGCAACGCAAAGUGGAUUGGUCGCGGUAGGACACUAUGCGACCGCCCUUCUCAUCGAUAGGGUACAGAACAUGAAGGACGAGAAGCUUGGAUCUAUCCAUAAGAAAUCCGAUGUCAUCUCCCAAUCGCUGGCCACGCAACCAAAGCCUUCCAUUCAUCUCAACCCUAAAGUAUAUUCGAAGCUGUCUUCCGAAGAGGAUGUCUCGAUUGCGCUUCGCGCCCUAAAAGCACUUGCCCCCGAGGUCACUCAAGCUUCAAAAGAAGUCGCAGAUGCAUGGGCGCAGGCAUUCAUCUUCCUGAUUGUUGCUCCCAGCGUCUCUGCUAAAGCCAAAUCCGCUGCUAAACAAGCCCUAACGCAAUCAUAUCUCCAGACCUCUCCAGAUAAGAUCAGCAACAUCAUCGUAGAAGGUUUAUGGUCAUGGUACAGGUCCAGUGAAAAAGAAGACAAGGAUAGUGCGGCAUUCGCAUCCAAGGCAAGCUCUGUUGAACUUGGGGCCAUAUUGGGCUGCAUAUGCCUCUCUCCAGAGACAGUAAAGCAUCACAAUGCAAGCGUGGACGAUGUAAGCCUUCAAAAGCAGGCCAUGAACCUUGUCGUAUUAGCAAGGAAAGAAAUUAUCCCAAGGGUUUCUUGGAUCGACCAGUGUCUUCGUAUGGGUGUAGAUCCAGGUCAGCUUGUGCGAGAUAAUCUGCAAGAGUUUGUGAACACUAUCAACGAAGCAACUGAGAACAAGGACAAUGAGACGUUGCCCACUAUCAACGCAGCGGCUUACAGUGCUUAUACCGACAUGGCUUUCGUGGCUCCAGAAGCUGCCUUGCCAGCCGUGGUCAAACAGUUCAGCCAAGAUCUUGACCCGAAGCAGAUGGAAUCUGUAGGACCAACCGAAGCUGCCAUCUUCCGCACACCAGAGGGAACUCCCUACAUUGACGUUCUGUCGAAAAAGGCUCCUGUAGUCAUCGACAAGAACACAAAAGACUACGAUACGCUAAAGUGGGAGGAGGAGCUACGAGCUCAGCUUGCACAGAAGAAGGGCCAAGCUAAGAAACUCAGCACGGAUGACCAGGCCAAGGUUAACGCUCAGCUGGCGAAAGAGGCUGCCAUAAGGAAAGAAGUGGCGGCCACAGAGCACAGGAUGAGGCGAGGUGUGGGCAUCAUCCGCAGUCUUGCUACUGGACCUCCUACCGAGGCAGAGCAAUGGAUGGGACCGGCCGUGGAUCUCUUGAUUCAAGCUAUUCGCGCUGGCGCUGGUCUUCUGCUGGGAGAUAUUCCUGCGACCGCUUUGAUAUCCUGUUCCGAGCGGAUAUCCAGCCGUCUGGGCAUGAUGCGACCAUUUGUCGGCGUAGCAGUACUACGAACAAUUGGGUCCAUACAGCUUGCUAGCGAGUACGAAGAUGAAGACCUGGGUGAUCUGGUAACGCGUGUCCUAUACCGUCUUCGCUUCUUGAGCGAGCAAAGGCCUCUUGAUGCAGUGUCUCUGGCAUAUUGUUUCCCUCUAUUGUUCCUUGUUUUAGAGAAGGGUGGCAUAGGUAAAUCUGCAGCUGAGGAAGCCGAUGAGCAACUCAUCCUAGCCAUCGAAGUGUUGACCUUCCACACCAACUCCUGCACUGACCCACGUCUGCCACGAAAAGCCUUGUUGGAGAUUCUGGUAUGGUCGUUGCAGAAGUACCAGCAGCACUACAAGAUCAUCAAGGACUGCAUUACCAACCUGGCUAGCGGCCUAGCCCCCAACAUUGACAACGAUGAACUGAGCGCCCUGCUGCGCGGUACCAUCGCACCCGAGACUGGUGUCCGAACUGCGAUCUUGCAAGCCAUCGAUGCUGAACUGGACAUGAACGAUUUGAAGUUCAGUGAGGAGAUUUUCAUCGCAUGCCACGAUGACGAGCCUGAGAAUGCCGAGCUUGCCCGGACAAUCUGGGAAGAAAACGACCUGGAGCUUAAAGCAGAUGCUGGUGUCCAGCUGCUCCCCUACCUGGACUCUCUCGACAAACCGCUCAGGAGGGCGACUGCACGAGCUAUUGGCGAGGUUAUCACCAAGUAUCCUGACACAUUUGACGACAUUCUACGUAGGCUUCGGGAGACAUACGCAGAAAAGGCGAAGCCACGCGUUCCAGAGCGUGACGAAUAUGGCAUGCCGCGAAAGGUUGAUCUACGCGACCCCUGGGAGAGCAGAGAUGGUAUUGCGCUUACCUUCAAGGAAAUGACACCAGGUUUCAAGCCUGACGAUCUUGUGGAUUUCUUGAACUUCUUGAUCUACGAGGGCCCCUUGGGAGACAGAAGCCCAGCUGUGAGAGAAGAAUUGAUUGAAGCAGCAACCUCGGUGAUCACCGUCAAAGCCCAAACCAAGGUCGAACCUCUCAUGGAGCUUUUCGAGAACGCUCUCGAAGCUCCUGAUCGCAAGUCAGAGAUGUACGAUCAAGUCAACGAAGCAGUCAUUAUCCUGUAUGGUGCAUUGGGUCGUCACUUGGCUGCCGGCGACGAGCGAGUCCCAAAGGUCGUGCAAAGACUGCUGGCGACUCUCAGUACACCUUCGGAAACUGUGCAAUACGCCGUUGCUCAAUGUUUGCCACCUCUAGUACGAACCUCAGAACAAGAGGUUUCGAACUACAUCAACCAAAUGAUGGAUCAACUUCUCACGUCGAAGAAAUACGCCUCGCGUCGCGGUGCUGCUUAUGGUCUUGCGGGUAUUGUACGCGGUAAGGGUUUGGGUCUGCUCAAAGAACAUCGCAUCAUGUCUACGCUCAAAGGAGCUAGCGAGAACAAGAAAGAUCCCAACCAAAGGCAGGGAGUGUAUCUGGCAUAUGAGCUUUUCUCUCUGAUCCUCGGUCGCCUGUUCGAGCCCUACGUUAUCCAAUUAGUACCGCAACUGCUCGUGGGCUUUGGCGAUACCAGUACAGACGUUCGCGAAGCCUGCUUGGAUGCUGCCAAGACCUGCUUCUCCACGCUUAGUUCCUUUGGUGUCAGACAGGUUCUGCCGAUACUCUUGGAAGGUCUCGACGAAGAUCAGUGGCGUAGUAAGAAGGGUGCUUGCGACUCUCUAGGAGCCAUGGCCUACCUAGACCCCAACCAACUAGCCCUGAGCUUGCCAGAAAUCAUCCCGCCCCUUACCGUCGUAUUGACAGACAGUCACAAGGAAGUACGAGCUUCAGCCAACCGAAGCUUGCAGCGAUUUGGUGAAGUCAUUAACAACCCCGAGAUCAAGAGCGUGGUCAACAUCAUCUUGAAGGCUCUCAGCGACCCAACAAAAUACACAGACGAUGCCCUCGAUGCUCUCAUCAAGAUUCAGUUCGCACAUUUCCUCGACGCGCCUUCUCUUGCUCUCGUGGUUCGUAUUCUGGAACGAGGUCUGGGCGAUCGAUCUGGAACCAAGCGAAAGUCCUCACAAAUCAUUGGCAGUCUAGCAUACCUUUCGGAAAGGAAGGACCUCACAUCUCAUCUGCCCAUCUUGGUCGCUGGACUGAGGGUCGCGAUUGUGGACCCUGUACCGGCUACGCGUGCUACUGCUUCGAAGGCACUCGGAUCCCUAGUAGAGAAGCUUGGAGAGGAUGCCCUUCCAGAUCUCAUUCCAAGUCUUAUGUCUACACUCAAGUCCGACACCGGUGCUGGAGACCGACUUGGUUCUGCCCAAGCUCUCUCAGAGGUCCUCGCCGGUCUCGGAACUGGACGCCUGGAGGAGACACUGCCCAGUAUCUUGCAGAACGUGGCCAGCAACAGGGCUUCUGUCCGCGAAGGCUUCAUGUCCUUGUUCAUCUUCUUGCCGGUCUGCUUCGGAAACAGUUUCGCCAACUACCUCAGCAAGAUCAUUCCUCCCAUCCUUGGCGGUCUUGCAGACGAUGUGGAAUCGAUUCGAGAGACUGCCCUGCGCGCUGGUCGUCUCUUGGUCAAGAACUUUGCUACCAAAGCUAUCGACUUGCUGCUACCUGAGCUGGAGAGAGGUCUUGCAGACGACAGCUACAGGAUUCGUCUCAGCUCCGUCGAGCUUGUUGGAGACCUACUUUUCAACCUCACUGGUAUCAGUGGCAAGGUGGAAGAGGAGGAAGUCGAAGAGGGCGCCAAGGAGGCCGGACAAUCUUUGCUCGAAGUUCUCGGAGAAGAGAAGCGCAACAAGGUCUUGUCUGCACUGUACAUUUGCAGGUGCGACACGUCCGGUUUGGUGCGGACAGCAUCUAUCAACGUCUGGAAGGCAUUGGUGGCCAGCCCACGUACUCUACGCGAGCUUAUCCCUACACUCACUCAACUUCUCAUCCGUCGUUUGGCAAGCUCAAACAUGGAGCAGAAGGUCAUUGCCGGAAACGCGCUUGGAGAGCUCAUUCGAAAGGCAGGAGAUGGUGUACUCGCCACUCUACUGCCUACGCUCGAAGAAGGUCUACACACCACCGAUACAGACGCCAAGCAGGGUAUUUGUAUCGCCCUUCGCGAGCUCAUCGCAGCCGCCUCGCCAGAGCAGCUGGAAGACUACGAGAAGACUCUUAUCCAGGUUGUUCGAACUGCUUUGGUGGAUCCCAACGCGGACGUGCGGGAAGCAGCUGCCGAAGCCUUCGAUGCUCUGCAACAGAUCUUCGGCAAGACGGCUGUCGACCAAGUUCUGCCUUACCUACUCAACCUCCUGCGUUCGGAUGACGAUGCGCAGAACGCGCUCUCCGCGCUUCUCACCCUCCUCACAGAUCAAGCGCGGUCCAACAUUAUCUUACCAAACCUUCUACCUACGCUGCUUACUUCGCCUAUGUCUGCCUUCAAUGCCCGCGCUAUUGCGUCGUUGGCUGAGGUCGCAAGCUCCGCUAUGACACGAAGACUGCCGAACAUCCUCAACACCAUCAUGGACAACGUCAUCGCGUCCAAGGACGAGGAGCUCAGGUCAGAGCUCGAGACAGCUUUCGACAAGGUACUGCUGUCUGUAGAUGAGUUUGACGGUCUUAACACUGCCAUGAGCGUCAUGUUGGCCUUGUCGAAACAUGAUGACGAGCGGAGACGUGCGCGUGCCGACAUGCACCUGGCCAAGUUCUUCGCAGAAGCCGACGUCGACUUUUCAAGAUACUACCCCGACCUCAUCCGCGCACUCCUCAUCUCCUUUGGCGACAGCGAUACAGAGGUUGUCAAGGCUGCAUGGACUGCGCUCAGCACUCUUACGAGCAAGCGUCUGCGGAAGGAAGAAAUGGAGUCGCUUGUUAUAUCGACUCGCCAGACACUCAACCAAGUUGGUGUUGCUGGUGCCGAUCUCCCUGGAUUCUCGCUUCCCAAGGGCAUCAACGCUAUCCUGCCUAUCUUCUUGCAGGGUCUCAUGAAUGGUUCAGUAGAUCAGCGAGUCCAAGGUGCUCUGGCCAUUUCCGAUGUCAUCGAUCGCACCAGCGCAAAGUCACUGCAGCCAUUUGUCACUCAGAUUACCGGACCUCUCAUUCGUGUGGUUACCGAGCGUUCUGUCGAAGUCAAGGCAGCUAUCCUGCUCACACUCAACAACUUGCUUGAGAAGAUUCCAACCUUCCUCAAGCCUUUCUUGCCCCAACUUCAACGCACGUUCGCCAAGUCGCUUGCGGAUACUUCUUCGGAUAUCUUGCGAGCGCGUGCGGCAAAGGCUCUUGGUACCUUGAUCGAGCUUACACCGAGGGUUGAUCCGCUUAUCGCUGAGUUGGUGACUGGAUCCAAGACAGCCGACGAAAAUGUCAGGACGGCUAUGUUGAAGGCUCUGUUCGAGGUGGUGAGCAAGGCAGGCAAGAACAUGAGCGAAGCAAGCAGGAAUGCCAUCCUAGGUCUCAUCGACAACGAGAGCGACGACUCCAAUGAUGCAAUGGCAAUUACAAACGCCCGACUUCUGGGCGCUCUUAUCAGCUGUCUCCCCGAGGAAAUCGCAUCCAGCCUGCUCAAGGCCAGAGUACUUACUACUCACUACAACAAAGCUUCUGUUCUGGCACUCAACGCCAUCCUGCUAGAUGCCCCAGAAGCCUUGACAGAAUCCUUUGCAGACGACACCGUAUCCGUAAUCUGCCAAGGAAUCAGUCACACACAGCCGUUCAUCUCGGACAACUCUAUUCUCGCUGCUGGUAAAUACCUGCUCUCGGAAAAGAGCAACAAGAGCUUCGACCACACCAAGCCUAUAUUUGAGGCUUUGGCGCCGGUGGUUGAGCCUGGACAUCCUGUGGAUACAAGGCGAUUGGCACUCGUGGUGCUGCGCACAGUUGCGCGUGAGCACAACGAGCUUGUCCGUCCGCAUAUUCCCUUACUCAUCCCGGUGGUCUUCGCAUCAGUUCGUGACCCUGUUAUUCCAGUCAAGUUAUCUGCCGAGGCAGCGUUCCUGGCCAUUUUCUCGGUUGUGGACGAGGAAGCUGCUGUGUUUGAUAAGUACAUGGCUGGACCUGGGAAGACGCUGUCGGCCGGUCAACAACGCAGCAUGGGAGACUACUUCAAGAGGGUGGCUAUGAGGCUGGCUGGGCAGGCUAGGGAGAGGAAAGAAGCUGAGGGUGGAGCGGGUGGUUUGGGCUUGUCGAGUGAUGAGAUGGAGGACGAGAGGGAGAUCUGGAGUGUGGGCAAGGUGGAGUUGGGGGAUGUGUUUGGUGAAAACUAG